UUAACUAGGUCAGAUGAAACCGGAAGUUGUUUGGAGGGAAUCCUCUCGACCUACAUUCGUCAGCUUCUUCCAGAAGUUUCUAUGCCCAGCUUCUCUUUAGCGCCGCGGCAUCUCAUCUCUAAGUACAAUUUGUUCUUUACUUUUUUUCCAUUAAAAAAAACCUAGAUAAAUAAGCGGAACCUUUGUCGUCGGCUUUUCCGCGCGAAACCGAAAGUUUUCCUCGGACUGUCACGGCCACCGGACGGUUUUUGCCCGCCGGAGGUGACACCAGCUGCGGCGUGGGAAAGCAAGUUGAGCCGCCGCACACAUGACCACCUGGAUGUCCCCGCUGGCUGUGCUUUCAUAACGGGGGUGGGGAAAGCUGGAGCUGACCGUUCAGUGUGAUGGGUAAAGAUUAUUACAAUGUGCUGGGAAUAGCCAGAGGUGCAUCCGACGACGAGAUCAAAAAGGCGUACAGAAAACAGGCUCUGCGCUUCCAUCCGGACAAAAACAAGUCACCCGGAGCCGAAGACAAAUUCAAGGAGGUUGCUGAAGCUUAUGAUGUCCUCAGUGACGCUAAGAAAAGAGACAUUUACGAUCGUUUGGGAGAAGAAGGAUUAAAGGGUCCAGGAGACGGCAGAGAACACUGCGGCCCCACCUUCAACUACACCUUCAAUGGAGACCCCCACGCCAUAUUUGCGGAGUUCUUCGGCGGCCGCAGCCCCUUCGAUCACUUCUUCUCAUCGUCCAUCGACGGCGACAUCGACGACCCUUUCUCCCCGUUCGGCAUGGGAGGAAUGGGCGGCUUCCAAAGGUCCUUCAAAACCCAGCCCGGUGGUCUGCACAGGCCGCACGAGAAGAGGCAGGACCCGCCCGUGGUGCACGAGUUGAACGUGAGCCUGGAGGAGGUUUUCACCGGCUGCACCAAAAAGAUGAAGAUUUCCCGCAAGAGAGUGAACCACGACGGCUGCACCAUGCGCAAAGAGGACAAGAUUUUAACGGUUAAUAUCAAGCGCGGGUGGAAAGAGGGGACGAAAAUCACUUUCCCCAAGGAGGGCGAUGAGACUCCGACCAACAUUCCUGCCGACGUGGUUUUUGUGGUCAAGGACAAACCCCACCCUGUGUUCAGGAGAGACGGGUCAGAUAUAGUUUAUCCUGCAAAAAUCUCCCUCAGAGAGGCGUUGUGCGGAUGCACGGUCAAGGCGCCCACUCUGGACGGCCGCACCAUCACUGUUCACUCCAGGGAAGUUGUGAAGCCCGGGAUGAAGAAGCGCAUCACGGGAGAGGGGCUUCCUCUGUCUAAGUGUCCCGACAAACGAGGGGACAUGAUCUUGGACUUCUCUGUUAAAUUUCCAGAGAAACUGGGCGAAAACACGCGAGACGCACUAGAGCAGAUCCUCCCCAUGUGACCAAAGCGUCUCCAUCGACACUUUUAACAACAAGCUAACAUUUCCAGUCAUGUUGGCGUUCUGCGUCAAGUUUCGGCCUAAAUGAUUCAGGAUCGGGUUUUAUUCCCGUUUGGGUUUCAGAACCAAAUCUGGUUUGAUGUGAAGAAAGAAAAAUCAAAUGUCUUUUAAAAAGUUUGCACGGCUGACUUUGCUUCACAGCAGACGUUUUCAAGUGAUGUGCAGUCAGCUACUUAACCCGAACCUCAGGUGCAUCGAUGCAGGCUUGAGCGUAGCUGUACGCGAACAGAAUCAACUCUGACUAAAUCGCAUAUUUCCUAUUUUGUGUCGUGGGGAAAAUUCCACGACAACUCGAUUGUGAUCCUGUUGAGCUGCAAAAGAAACAAAAUAAUCCACCAAAAGUCUUCUGAAGGCUUUAAAAUGUGAGUCGUGUGUUUGGAGUUAUGAUGCAUGCAAACGAUCCCAGUUGAUUACAGACUGCUGAGCGGUGUGACACAGUGGGGAAUAACAAAUCCUUUCGUGCCUGGGAUGAAAAUUUAGGGGAAGAAAAAAAAAAUAUCUUUAUCAGAUCAGUGAGCCUGAACGUUAAAGAUGUUACUUUGCUCCAUAUGUACGUUGUUUGUUUUGUGCCAAACAGCCGUCUCUGUGUAAUUAAAUUAUAUGUGCAUCUAAUAGUGUGAAUCCUGCUGUUUUGCUGAUUACAUAAAACAUUUAUUUUCUACCAAAAUCACAUAUUUAAUACAUGAAUUUGUUUUUGCCAGGCAGAAAGAAACUUCAGUAUCAUUACUUUUGUUUAAUUUCUACUCUGUACACUAACCUACGUUUUGAUUCCAAGCUGUUCACUCCCUGGAAAUGAGUGGUUCCACGGCUCAGACUGAUCACUGGGAGAUUGUUUGAUGCUUGAGUGGGGAAAAAAUGACUUGAGGUUACAAAAUCGGGAAAUAUGUCAGUGCUGCUUUUUUCUGCUUUUCUUGGAACUUUAGGUUUCUGACACAGAUGGGUGGUUUAAACUUAGAGAUGUGUCAUCUCUGUGAUGUUUUUUGUAUGCAAAAAGCCUGUUUACUUUGUUCCUCCUUUAGGGGGAAACCAUAGAGCAUUCAUGUGUUGUUUAUGCUUUACAGUCUGUGGCUGGGGGUUCAGAAUCCUUUUAUUUGUAACAAGAAUGAUUUUAUCACAGGAUAUUUUUUUUUAAUCCUUUUUGAUUUGACAUUAAAGAAACUCUAAACCACA